AUGAGCGACAUUGAACGUAUUUGUCGUCUUUGCUUAACAGAAGAACUAGGGAACUGUCGCGAAUCCAUGAUUGUUCUGAAUGACGAUGCCGAGAUACUAGAAAUAAUUCGUGCAAUAACAUCUCUCGAGGUGAUCGUGAAUGAAGCAUACCAAUAUUUCCUAUGUGUGGAAUGUAAGGAAUCAUUGCAAAAGUGUCAGUACUUUCGCGAGCGCUGCAUUAUAAACGAUAGUAUAUUCCGAAGCAAGUUUUCCGUAAAAACAGAUGAUGCCGGUUAUUCCAAGUUGUUGCCGUCCGAUAUAGGCAAGCCUUGCGAUGACGUAAACAAAGUAGCAACUGCUAAAUCAGAAUCCACAUGUUUCGAUGAUGAAGGGCCUUUCAUUGAAGAGUGUCUUGUAGAAACGGUAGAACAAAAUGAAGCUAACAAUGAUCCGUAUGAACCACCGACAUCGUUGAAAAUAGACUUCAGAGACAGUGCAUCAUCCGCGAAAUCAAAGAGUGUUCGUAAGAAACGUAGUCGUGUGACAAAGCCUGAGUCGGAUAAGACAAACAAUAAACUGCCCUGCGCGCAGUGCGGUAAAAUGAUUGCACGUAACAACAUCAACCAACACCAGUUAACGCACGAUCCAGAUCGGCCCAAGGUGUUUUGUUCGUAUUGUGGCAAGGCAUUCAAAGACCCCAGGCGCAUGCAGCUGCACAUUAAUAGUAACCAUACUCUGGAAAAGAAAUAUCCCUGCGAAACCUGUGGCAAAGUAUAUCUUCGACCAACGUCGUUGAAGGAUCAUCAGCUUUCAAAGCACACUAACGAUAAGAAGUACGAGUGUAGCGAAUGCGGGAUGGCAUUUACCAGUUGGGCGCAACGAUGGCAUCAUUACAAGAAGGAACAUACAACAGCUAAACCAUUUGCUUGUACUUACUGUGAUUGGGCAUUUAAGUUUAAAGGUGAUCUCACGUUGCACAUCCGGAAGCACACCGGAGAAAAACCCUUUAAGUGUGACAUCUGUGGUAAAGCGUUUAACAAAAGCUACAACGUCGUGAUACAUAAAAAAUCACACCGCAACGUUUUGGCAGCCGAAGGAAGGAUACCAUCGGACAGUAUGGUACCACCGGAAAACCCUGUACCACUUGUUUUUGAAUCUAAACCCUUACAGCUGGAAGAUAAAACUGCAAUUUAGGAUAAAAAUGUGAAUGCACAAUAUUUAUAUAGGAUUAAAUUAAAUUGUUAACAAAUGCAACUUCAAAUCUACGACUGGGUGAUCUACAGAUAAGCUGAUGGGACUUUUAAAGUCCUUCGAAACUUCACCUAUAUUGAGUCUGUAAUAAGUGGGACCUCAAUGAAUUUUACGAUAACCCCACUAGUGUCCAUCGCACUAAAAUUUGACAGGCCCCGGUGGGUUGGGCG